CCGACCGCGCGCUGGUUGGGCUGCUAGCGAGGAAGCUCCUGCUAGUCUGACGGAAAUGGCGGUGACUGCAAGGCGAGCAGCGUGAAGCGCUGAUGCAUGACACGGAUCAAAACUUUCAACUGCCAGGACAUCGUUGGGCGACUGGCAAUGACGUCGAAGUAGAACAUCUGUUGUAGCUGUCGUUACAAACGUUGAACAUCUUCCCGGGAGAGUUUUCAUCUUGUCAGCGGAGGAGAGAAAAUCUCACCGGGAGCAUGGCUUCUUACAGCAACCAGUACAUCUUCGGGGAAUUCAGCCCUGAUGAGAUCAAUCAGUUUUUUGUGACCCCACGAUGUUAUGUGGAGCUUCCUCCGUUCAAUGACAAAGUCCCAUGCGUCAGUCAGUCUUCUGGAAGUUACUGCACUCCUGCUGUACCUUAUAUUAUGGAGUCUAUGGGACUGCAGGUUUGCGCAGAAGACUAUCAGCGCAUUGAGUUUGGUGUUGACGAGGUGAUGGAUUCCAAGCCCAUCGGGGUGAACGAUCCUCUAUACAAAGUGUCGAGCACCCUCAACCCACAGGCUCCGGAGUUCAUCCUGGGCUGCCAGCCGGCCCCGAAGGCUCAACAGACGGCUCUUCCAGCGGCUGACGUCCCGGAUGGAACCCACUUCAACUCUCUGGAUGGACCUGAUUCAGAGGCCUCAGCCAUGGACAAUCACCAGGCCUGCCAGGACAUGGACGGACUCCCUGGCAGCCUGGGACAGCGGGAGAGAAAGAAAAAGAAAAAGCGACCGCCGGGGUACUACAGCUACCUGGACCCAUCAGCUGGCGGCAACAGCAGCACCGGUGCGGCAGAUGGGACGCCUGUGACAGCGCUGGUUAACGGACAUGCACUCAGUGGCCCACACCACAAUUCUGAGGAUGUGGACAGUAAGGCAUUGCCAGGGGUUGAACUUUGCACCCCUGGGUCUGUCUCUGCGGCAACAGCUGCCGUAGCGGCAGCAGCCAAGUUUGCCCCCACAUCCGCUGCCAAUCAGAGGACUUGUGAUAGCCCUGAUGAUUCUUCUUUGGACUUAACAAGUGGAGCGGCUUCUUUAUCAGAUGGCAACAAUGCAACUUCCUCCUCUUCAUCCUCUCAAAGCAGAGGGAUGACAGAGGGAGCAAGGACUGCAGAUCAGCAGCCAGAUAAUCUGGCUCCACAGAGCCCUGAACUUUCAGAUACUCCAUACAGCCCCCACUCCAAAUCACCUCUUCCUCCCUCAGCUGCUGUGGCCACAUCCUCUGUCAUCACUUCCAUUACUACUGAACUAGAGGGAAGGGAGGUAGCAGAUAGCGGGGUGGCCAAUGGCCUAGUAGAGCCUAAUACUCCUGUCAGUGCAGAUGGACACAAAGAAGACUGUGAGAGCGGGGAGCAGGCUCAGCAGGUCACCCUGGACUCUGCUGCCCAGCCGGCGGCGACAGAGCAGGCACAUUCGCCAGCAAGUCCAGCUGCACCUACUGCCAAUCUUCCCAAGUCAUGGGCUAGCCUCUUUCACAACUCUAAACCUCUGCCCGGGGGCCCUCAGGCCUUUGUGGAGGUAAAAAAUGUUGUGGAAGUUGUGUCUCCCUCCCUUACUAUGCCAGAGCAGCCUGAGAAAGUUGGGGAGGUAAAAGAAGGUCCUGUCCACGUAUCAGAGGAUCCCAUGGCCCCUAAACUUGCAGAACUUAUUGAGAAUGUGAAGUUGAUACAUAAACCAGUGUCUUUGCAGCCGAGAGGACUGAUCAACAAGGGAAACUGGUGCUAUAUCAACGCUACCCUACAGGCCCUGAUUGCAUGCCCUCCCAUGUACCACCUGAUGAAGUCCAUUCCUCUGCAUAAUGAAACGCAGAGACCAUGUACUUCCACGCCCAUGAUGGACAACUUUGUACGGCUGGUGAAUGAGUUCAACAAUAUGCCUGUGCCAUCUAAAGCCAAACAGCAAGGUGUUGGUGAUAAGGUCACAAAAGAUAUCCGGCCUGGUGUCCCCUUUGAACCAACUUACAUAUACAAACUCCUCACUCUCAUCAAGUCAAGUCUUUCUGAGAAGGGCCGACAAGAGGAUGCGGAGGAGUAUCUCGGGUUCACGCUCAAUGGAUUGCACGAGGAGAUGCUGGCAUUGAAGAAACUAAUCUCGCCUCAGGAAGAGAAAGCUCCCACACCCAAUGGACCGGAGUCCCAGCCAGGUGUAGAGGAAGAAGUUGCUGAUAAGGAGGAAGAAGGUAGUGAGGAUGAGUGGGAGCAAGUGGGUCCCAGAAACAAGACUUCCAUCACUCGCCAGGCUGACUUUGUCCGCACACCCAUCACCGAUAUCUUUGGUGGACACAUCAGAUCGGUGGUGUAUCAACAAAACUCUAAAGAGUCAGCCACUCUGCAGCCUUUCUUCACCCUGCAGCUGGACAUCCAGUCAGAGAAGAUCCGCACUGUCCAGGAGGCUUUGGAGACCUUGGUGGCUCGAGAGUCAGUCCAGGGCUACACAUCUAAAACCAAGCAAGAGAUUGAGAUAAGUCGGAGGGUAACUCUAGAAGAGCUGCCGCCUGUGCUGGUGCUCCAUCUCAAGAGAUUUGUUUUUGAAAAGACGGGAGGCUGCCAGAAACUGACCAAGAACAUUGAUUACCCUGUUGACCUGGAAAUCAGCAAAGAUCUCUUAUCCUCUGGAGUGCGAGGCAAAGUUGUGAAAGGCCAAAGAACUUACAGGCUCUUUGCAGUUGUCUAUCACCAUGGAAACAGCGCGACCGGCGGUCAUUACACCACGGAUGUCUUCCACAUCGGUCUUAACGGCUGGCUGCGCAUUGACGACCAGACAGUGAAGGUCAUCAACCAGUACCAGGUGGUGAAGCAGACUGCAGAGCGCACCGCCUACCUGCUGUACUACCGCCGCGUCGACCUGCUGUAGAGACACACACACACACACACACACGCAUCCCAGCACUCUCGCAAACGAUACUCAAGACACAUCCACAGACACACAACACGGAACAUACAUGCUCAAAAUGCACUCGUUGACAGUUCAUGCACACGUGACACAAACACACACCAAACUAAUGAACAGGAACACUGCCCAACUUGUUCUCUUGCAAGAUUUUCCUCUUCUUCCCUCCUGUUCCCGCUUUCCUGAGAACCAGCUUUUCCAACACCUCUUUUUCCUUUGUCUCCUUUUUCUUGUCGGAAGAAGAGAAGCAAGCUGCAUUCACAAAGAUUUCCCUGUGACUGCUCUCUCUUCUCUGUGUACCACUGCUGUGUUGUUUUUGUUUUUUUGUUUUUUUCCUUUUUUGUUAUCCUUUAAGAGCAGCAAGGAAAGACUGUUGAAUCGACAGAGGUGGGGUUGAGGUCGCACACUAGGACCUGAGGCUCACCUCUGACUGAGCCCACGGCUUUGGCUCAGAUAGUGAACAGUGGACUCACUCACACAGGAAGAACUGUCUACCACAGGCUGCAAGUGGACUGCUGGGGUAAUUCUCUCGUUCAAAUGACCUUUUUUUAAGGAAAUGACCUAGAUAUCAGUGUUUGCCUUUUAGUAAAGGGGAACUGUCGGCCUAUUGAAUUCGCAGCAGUUUAAAAGCCUGUUAUUUGCCCUCGUGCAUUGAAAAGGCCCAGCACCAGCAUUAUCACGAGUCUCUCCUCCCAAGGCCAGAUUGUUUUCUUCUCCGUCACCACCAACCUCCCUCUUCUCCAUUUCCUCACUUUAACGAUGCUUUUAAAACUAGGUACAACUUGAGCCAUCAAAAACAUGAGAAAAAAAAAAAACAGAUAGGUGGUGCAACGAAUGGGAACUGAACAGCUUCCUUGUUUUGAGAGAUCCUUGUCAUGGUUAUUUGGGUUUAGAGUUAGAAGGCCUAUCUUAAAGAAAAUAUUAAUGCGCUUUAGAAUUUAAUAACAAUUAAGCUUCUGUGCACAAAGUAUAAACAGACUGAUGAUUACAAUAUGACAGGCAAAUGCAUAUUUUACAAAUAUUUAGAUUCAAAUGUUAAAAAAAGAAAAAAGUAAAAAAAAAAAAAUGAAAGAGAUCUAGCUGACUGAAAACAUGUUUGGGUCCUAAAGGACUGCGCCAGUUUUUAGACUCAGUUCUUGCACUGGAGAUGUGGCAACCAAUCAAGACAGAUUCCACUGCAAAACCUGCCUUUGUACAUUUCCUUCUCUCUUUCUCUCCAUUCAUUUUUUUUUUUGUUUUGUUUUGUUUUGUUCUGUCUUUUCUCGUGUAAAGGUUCCACCUGUGUACUGGUGGCUUAUCAGUGUAGUUUUGAGCCACACCACCCAUCUUAUCCCCCCAACUCAGCAGAAAGCGGGGGCUGCCUUAGGUUCAGUGUGUGAUGUUUUUUCCACUCGGUGUACGAGUCUAACCAUAAUCGGGCGGCAACUGCUAGUCUAAUGUCUGUGAAGAGUUAAGGGAAUGUACCUGACACCUUUGUAUUUACUCUUUUGUGGCUCGGCCAUUCCUCCCAGUCGAGGGAGAGCCGAGUGUUGAGGGGAAGUGGGACUACAUCUGUGCAAAGCGCUUCAUAAAGGAACUGGACAUGCGCACAAAAGGAGAUGGUGUUUGCUUUAGUUGAAGAUAUUGAUUUUUUUUUUUUUAUUUGAUCAUUCAUUGAUUGUGAUGAUUUUUGUUUGAGUUACUAAAAGAUGUUAGUUGUUUUUUUUUUCUUUUGUCAUUGAUCAUUUAUUGGAUGUCCUAAUGCCCUCGCUCCCCUCAGAAAAACAUGCUUGCAUUUGAAUUUGUGUUUGAAACGAAAUUACACAGGCUAAAGCACAACAACGAAUAAAAUUGAACUAGUUCUUUGCUUGAUAUUUAUUUCCAUUUUGUCAUUUGUUUUCUUUUGAUAUUUUUUAUUUUUUUUCCAUUUCAUUCCAACCACCAGAUUCUCAGUAUUAACACUUGAGUAUUGCCACAUAAUUUAGGCUUUAAUCCAAAUAUUCUAUUAUUGUCUCAAGCACUGGUUUUAGUUUCUCACUCGUACCAGACAGUGGGAUCGUUUUCCACCUUCGGUUAAAAAAAAAAAAAAAGAGUUAAAAUAAUGUCCUGUAUUUUAGGGGCAGCGUGUGGAUUUGAGUUUAUUUAACAUGUCACUUUUUACAAAGUUUACAAAUUUUGAGUAAGUUAAUCUCUCAGUUCCAAAUUAAAUUGUUAAAUUCGCACAUUAGAUUGAAAUAAUUCCUUGCAUUAUUUUUUUUUUUUUGUCUUUUUAGCAUCAUUGUCUAGACUCUUGUGGGUUUCAAAGUCAGAAACCUUCCCCAGCUAAACCAAAGGACAACAUUAAACAGGCCCUUCUGCCUUCCAUUAACUUAGUUUAAUCCCAACUUUAUUUUGCCUUUUCCACCCGAGGUCUUGUUGGCACGGCUCAUCGCAGUUCGCGACUCUUCACACACGAAACGGCACGUCGGUCUCAUAAUUUAACUCUCACCAUAGUUCAGUUGUGCUGCGGGCUUUGUAGUCAUUUCUGCACAAAUUGUUACAUUGUUGAUUUGCAUAUUUUCUUCCCCUGCUUUCAAAGACUGUUUUGGAAGUUGGGGCUUUUAAAAGCGACACCUUGAGCUUUCUGUUGUACAGUUUUAUCUCAGUCUCUGACGGCUGGUCAGGAAAUGUGCUGGUGAAAUGCUUCAACAAUGUCUUUUUUUGUUUUGUUUUGGUUUUUUUUUUUCUUUCAGUGUGUGCUCCUAACACUAUUGUCUGCUGGGAACUGUUGGGAUAAUGACCUAAAAACAAAAUCUAUACUGUCUUUUAAUUUUAAGGCUCCAGCAUUCUAUUUUGUUUAUUGUUCAAAUAAAGGAUUGUGCUAAAAGCAGUUUGCUAAUUGAGCGUAGUCAAAAAGACUACUUGGCUUUCUUAUGAUACAGUAAAUGCUAAAAAAAAAAAAAAAAAAAAAAAAAA